CGGCAGCACCGCACCGCCGCACCGCCGCAGUAAUUGCGCCCGCCCCAUGACGCUCUUGGUCGCGAGCCGAUGCCGUCUCCUGCGGCUGCCCCACGGGUCCGUCGGCGUCUGGCAGCGUCUGCAGCGGCCGCCCGCCACGACCUCGACACGCGCCAUUGCACAUGCUGCCGACUCGAGGCCUGCCCAUAAGCAACAGAGCCCCAGUGCUCCAACGUCCGCGACCAAAGCCAAGAGAUUGCGCCGCGUCGCGCGGAUACCGGAGGAUUUGUACCGGGCAGAGGACAGGCACCUGCUCACGCCAGAUAUCAAGGACAGCGAGAUCGUGCCAGUCCACAGCGCCAUCCUCAUCCCUGCAUCCAUUGCGGCUGUCACGCCAGACCACUUCGUCGAGAAGAUCGAGCCCAUCCAGUCAUCCUGGGAGAAUGGCCGCUUCGUUGUCUUCCUCACCACCCCAUCGUUCGCUCCAUGGCUCCUCGAUCCCACCGUCUUCUCAGAGAAGGCAAUUGGAAAGCUGUACGAGAACUGCCCGCCGGGCACAGUACCAAGCCCGUUGAACGCUCUCUGCGCUGUUGUUGACAGACUUCCCGAGACGCACCUCGCAGGAGAUGGUGGCCGCGAGGUUAUGCUCAGCGCGUUCAGAGACCGCACACGUCAGCCGCCCGUCGCUGGGACUGGGCACGAGGGUUUUGCCUACGUUGUGCUACCAUCCAAAGCACAGUCAAGCCCAGCAUUAGACUCCAGUCGCGUUGAAGACGUUGGCUGCUUGGACUUUAGCGCACAUACACACACCGAUGUCUCGGGCAGGCACUACACUAGACUGCAAGUGCCGUUGGCCAACACCGUCUUCCAGACAGGCCAACCCAGCACCCUGAUCAGGACGUCAUGGAAAUGGUCUCCAGCCGAGAACAAGUUCGCGCUAAAACACCAAUCGCAACAGAAGACAGCUGCCGUCAACCUCUCCUCCCAAGAUGUACAGAACGGUGAGCUACCCUCGCAUUUACAUCGGGAGGCUCCGACUUUGAGCGUUCCGUUGCUUCCUCUGACGGUGCCACGCCAGGUCGACGGCUGUAUGGGGAACAUCAUCCGCGGGCUCGUUGGCGCUGGCGAGAUCAGAAUGACAGCAUCAACCGAACUAGAGCAGGCUGUUCCCCGGUACUUCGAGUCACGGGGCGAGCCAGCUCAGGCCACCUCGGCCUGGGCUCUGAUUAUUCCCAGAAAGACGGCAGAUGUAGCCGCCCAAGCUACCCAAAAGCUAGUCUUCCACAAUCUGGGUGCCGAUCCGAAGAGUUUAAGCUCCGAUGCCUACGCGAUCUGGGAACAGAAGGGCUUCGAGUCUCUAUGGCAGUCACAGCCGCCCCGGUGGAAUACGACGGUUCAGGAAGCCAUGUCGAGCGGCGCUCGGCUGCACAAAGUCCUCAGUGGCGGUGGUGGAUGGGGCAAGAAGGCUGGCUUGCUGUCACUGGAUCCCAUGCCCAUCAGCCCACCCGUUUUCCAGUCACAAGAGGAUAGUAAAAUGGACGAUAAGACGGAUGAAUACGACAGUGUGCUUGAAUUCUCUACCGCACUCAAGCCUGUCGUUGAAGACGGAGAUUACGUUCAAUUCUUCAUCUCUCCCGUACCGGCUCAAGGGGAGGAUGAUGCUGCUGCAUUUCAAAAUCUGAAAGAAGCUGAAAUAACCAGAAAAGAACAUCCAUGGAAUUGGGAGUUUGGCGUAAUUCCAAGCACGAUCGACUCCGUACCCGGCGAUUCAUGGCAACACACGGGGGAAUCCAGAGAAAUAGCUGUGUUCAGAGGCAGUUUUGGUGCUCUCACUGAGCGAGGCCUGACGUUAACGCACAGCUUAGGUAUCCAAGCCAAAACAGGGAAAGCCAGGAAAAACCUGCUUACCACUAAGGUCGAUGUGCCAUUCUCGCGCUGGUCAGCCAUUCGACUACACCCAAAGGAAGGGAUCGAAACUGGGAGGGUUGGCGACUUCCACAAGGGAAGGACCGCCCAAGACCUGUUGAGAGAGCAGGUAACCCGUCGCGAAAUCGCAAGACUCCGUCGUAUAUCUAAUAAACACAUAGUUGAUGUAUAAUACCUCAAAUGCAACUGUCGCAGCCCGUUCUUUGAAACGAACAUCUUUGCCUUUCGGUGAUCAGAGACCACAACACACACAUACACAUAGCUCGAUCUCCAAUGCCCUAGGAGCCCGUGCUAAGAGUACCUUCUCUAAACUGAAAAGCAUGUAUGUCGGAGAGGAAGCUCAACCUGCCUCGCGUACAUCAGACAAGCCAACACCACAGCUCACCCAGAAGAAGAUCCGCCGAGCUAGUCAAAGACCUGGUCCAAUGAAAGCGAGGCGUCUUGCAUUACGAAGACGGCAGAAACGUCGGGG